AUGGCGUCGCUUUCUCUUUUUGCCGUCCAGGCGAUCCUGAUCAUGUCCACCGACGAUUCAUCCCGCAUUCUUGCCAGAUACUAUUCGCCUCCGCACCCGCCUACUACGCCCGCGCACUCGACCAGUUAUCCAGGAGCCAAUCCGUACCCCACCUUAAAAGACCAGAAGGCCUUCGAGAAAGGUCUGCUAGAGAAGACCGCCAAGUCAACCCAAGACAUCAUUCUGUAUGACAAUCGGAUCGUGCUGUUCAAGACGGAAUCAGACAUCCAAAUGUUUGUGAUCGGAAGCGCGGAAGAGAACGAGAUAUUGCUCUACAAUGUGUGUCUAGCGUUGAGGGACGCGCUAAAUAUCCUCCUCAAAAACUCUGUCGAUAAGCGGACCAUCAUCGAGAACUACGAUCUCGUCUCCCUUGCGAUAGACGAAAUCUGUGACGACGGCAUUAUCCUGGAGACUGACCCGGUGAUUAUAAACUCGCGAGUCAGCAAGCCGCCUGCACAGGACAUCACGACUGUACGAGGCAUCGACCUUUCCGAACAGGGUCUCCUCAACGCAUGGGAUGUGGUCAAAAGAGAGGCUCAGAACCGGUUACGGCAGGGCCUGUAA